AUGUCUCGCAGACUCCUUCUCCUGGCCGCCGGCUUGAAGCUCAGCUCUAUGGUGGCGGGCCAGACAAUCGUUGUCGAUGGAGCCGAAGUCGAGGCCAACGAAGACACGGUCGCGCCAGCUGAAGAGGUGGUAGCGGGUGAUCUCUUACCUGAAGAAUCUGUGCAGCUCACGGAUGCCAUCCUGGCCAACCUGACGGACCUCGCUCUCACAGAUAUCGACCUCUUCACCUUUGGCAGCGGUGACGACGCGAGCGAGGUCGCCACUGCGUCCAGCAAGAACAAACGGGCGACGCCCAAGUGCAAGACCUUCCCCGGUGAUGCCCUUUGGCCGCACCCGAUUACCUGGACUGUCUUAGAUCUGCUCACAGGUGGCCGUGUCAUCAAAUCCGUCCCCAUUGGCGCAUCGUGCUAUGACGACUUCGGAGUGUACAAUGCUGCCAAGUGCGCGUCCAUCACGGAUAAUUGGACCAACUCGUAUCUCCACGAGGCGGAUCCGACUUCUGUCAUGUCACCCCUGUACCAGGGGUUGACCUGCAUGCCAACAGCCAACAAGAAUGGGUCCUGCACCCUUGGCGGUUUCCCAUCCUACGUCGUCAAAGCGAACAACGUCGCUCACAUCCAGCUGGCCGUCAACUUUGCCCGCAACCUGAACCUGCGUCUGGUCGUGAAAAACACUGGCCACGAUUUCAAUGGUCGUUCGGUUGGCGCCGGUGCUCUUUCCGUCUGGACUAGCGAGUUCAAGAGCAUUGACUUUAUCAAGAAGUACAACUCCCAGUCCUACUCUGGUCCCGCUCUCAAGGUUGGUGCCGGCGUUAUUGGUAUUGAGCUCUACAAGGCUGCUGAGGAGUAUGGCGUAACCGCUGUUGGCGGCGAGGGCAUGUCUGUUGGCUUUGCUGGCGGCUACAUCGCAGGUGGUGGUCACUCUCCCAUGUCUCCCAUGUACGGUAUUGCAGCCGACCAUAUUCUGAGCAUUGAUGUCGUCCUACCCGAUGGCCGCUACAUCACCGCCAGCGAGACGAAGAACACGGAGGUCUUCUGGGCCAUGCGAGGCGGUGGUGGCAGCACCUUCGGCGUCGCGACCUCGUACACUGUCAAGGCCUUCCCUAAGCUCGACGUCGUCUCGAUCGCCAAGUUCUCUUUCGCCACCAGCGCCACCGUUAGCUACGAGACCUUUUGGGAGGGCGUCCGCGCCUACUGGGAGUCCAUCCCCACGUACAACGCCAAGUUCAACUACGAGUACUGGAAUAUCUGGCACACCGGCCCCGGUGUCAACGACGUCACUUUCACCAUGCUCCCUUGGUGGGCUCCCGGCAUGACAGUCGCCCAGCUCCAGGACCUUCUGUCUCCUCUUCUGUCGAAACUUGCCGCGCUCGGCAUCGAUAUCACCCCCGAGUACUCUGAGCACAACAGUUUCUAUAACGCCUGGUCUGCCGGUUUCCCUCAAGAACUCGUUGGUGGUACCGCUGCCAAAACUGCCGCCCGUCUUUUCCCUACCGAAAACUUUGUCGACGCCACCAAGUUCAACACGACCGUAAACGCCAUCAAGUCCGUCGUCGACCGCGGCGGUCAGGUCAUUGGCUUCGGCAUCACUGGCGGCCCCGGUCCCUUCCCCGACAACGCUGUGAACCCUGCCUGGCGCGACACCGCUAUGUUCGCUAUCGCGGUACGCAAUUGGGAAGAAGGCCUCCCUCUCUCCGAUGUGGCCCAGCUCAGCGCGGACAUGACCAACAACUGGAUGCAGCCCUGGCGCGACGCGGCCCCUAACUCGGGAGCCUACGCCAGCGAGAGCGACGUGACGGAACCCAACUUCAAGCAGUCGUUCUAUGGUACGGAGAAGUACGCUAGGCUCCUCGCGCUCAAAAAGAAGAUUGAUCCUACGGGUCUCUUUUACGCCAACUUGGCUGUUGGCAGCGAUGAGUGGUACAUUGAAGGCCAGUACCCGGGUCUCCCUACCCAGAACGGUCGUCUCUGCCGUGUCUAA